AUGUCAGAUGAAAAAGUACAAUGGUUUUGGAAUGCAGCUCCAAAUCCAUUUGAUAAAAAUCAAUCACCAACAUGGACUCCAUAUAGUGGAGAAGAUAAUAAAAUAAUUGAAGAACAUUUUCAAAAAAAAUCUUUAAAAGCUGAACUUAAAAAUCAUUUUAUAUACUUUAAUGAACGUAUGCAAGUACAAAAACAAGAUUUUCAUAGACAAAGACCAAUUAAACGUGAACCACCACCUAAAUAA